AUGAGCACGCCUACGAUGAGCGCUGAACAGCUCAGUCCGAAAAUGUCGCCCACAAUGUUCCACUUAGACGAUAAUUUGCCGUCCUUAGGUGCUCCCUCCUUCAUGUACCUAGAUGAUAACAAGCAGUAUCCGACCAUGUACAGGACUUCGCUCUCAAAACUUAGCGAAAGAGGCCGCCAGGGUCGCAAUCGUCAAGUGACGCCCACCACACCUACAAAACUACUUCGCUCUAAUUCUCCGAUACGGACGAUGCUCAAUAAUGCUCCCAAAAUGCUUAAGCCCGAAUACAUAGCACCACCCAAGCUAUGCUUUGGGAAGGGAAUCUCCAAUAUUGCAACCCCGUCGAUGAUAUUGACGUCUUCUAAACUGAAUUUUGGCGCCGGGUUGCCAAAAUCAUCCACCAAGACACAGUCACAUUCUCGAGGCUUGUCGAGUGUCAGCACCACCACUAGCGAGGCAACUGCGUGCGAACCAUGUAGCGGGACUUCAGAUCCGUCAAUAGCAGUGCCGACGACUUCAAGUGUUACCGUUAAAAACGCUGCAGAAUACAAAUUCCUCGCCGAAACGUCGACAGCAUCCUCAAGCUCCACUUUAGAUCUUAAAGAACUUCCGAAUGAACUACAGUUCGAAAUGCCCAUGACUAAAGCUGAAUUUGUCCUGGCGACCCAAAGCAAAAGAAGCAGUUAUAUCUCAAGUGUGGGAUCAACACAGGACGAUGAUCUAGGUGAGUGGUUUACAAAUUAUCCAGAAGACAGACAAGCUUUACUGCCCACAAAUGAAUCAUCAGAACAACGGGAAGAAGCUCUCAAAUCCGAGAGCAUUCUACAAAGCGAACAUCUAGCGCUGCGUAUAAAACAGUUGGAAUUGCAAGUUACAGAGCUUAGAUUACAAAACAGUGAUUUGAGAAAUUCUAUAGUAACACAUAGAACUGUUCAGGACAAGUGCAUGUUUGAUGCCUUCAACGAGGCUCAACGUGAGAAAGAGCGCACACAGGUGGAGAUGGAACGCAAGAUGAAGCAACUGAAGAAGCAAAUCGACAACUACAAGAUGGUGAUCAAGAAGCUGACGAGCCCUGUAAAGACGGCACCCGUCUCGAAACCCAGGGUUCAAAUGUUGGAUGCUUCGACCUUGGACAACAUCACGGAGAUCGAGACGAGCGAUGACGAUUCUGCAAACACUUCGAUAGAUGGCAGUGGCAAUGACGAUGCGGAAUCGUCUGAAGCUCAGAGAGCGCAGAAGCCCUCUGGUUUUGAUCUCAAAGUGUCACUGGCGACACGGUGA